GGAAAGCCUCUGGGACAACAUCAGCCAAUUCAUGGUUUUGCCCAGAGAAGCGGACGCCUGAUGUGAGAGCCUUCCAAAAGAAACACUAAUUCAAUCACAAAGGAAGUUCGAAUCAGGACUCCUUAAGCAACUCAACUUUGCAGUGUUUCAGGCCUCCUCCUGAAGAGACAGCCCAUUAAUGAAUGACAAAGGUAAUCACCUUCUCCAGUCACGUCCUUCUUCAUCUGGACUUUUGUGUUAUCCAAAUGCAUAUGAUCCGAAUUUCAAGGGGCCCGUUGCCAAAAGGAGUUGUACAGAUGUUCUGUGCUGCAUCAUCUUCAUACUGUUCAUCAUUGCCUACAUCCUUUUAGGACUUGUGGCCUGGAUACAUGGAGACCCCAGGAGAGUGGCCUAUCCUACAGACAGCAAGGGCCACUUCUGUGGCCAGAAGGGCACCUCCAAUGAGAACAAGACCAUUCUGUUUUACUUUAACUUAUUCAGCUGUACCAGUCCCUCUGUGGUGGUAAACCUACAGUGCCCUACCACACAGAUCUGUGUCUCCAAGUGCCCAGAAAAAUUUUUAACCUACAUGGAAAUAGAAUUUGCACACAAAACAAGCCAAAAUUAUUCGACAUACUACAGCCAGUUCUGCAAGACCCCUUUUGGAAAGCCUGCAAAGGCUCUUGCACAACUUUUACUGGAUGAUGAUUGUCCAACAGCGAUUUUUCCAAGCAAACCAUUUCUCCAGAGAUGUUUCCCUGACUUUGCUACUAACAAUGGCACGUUGACAGUAGGAAAUAAGACCACAUUUGAAGAUGGAAGUGGAAGAACAAGAAAUGCUAUAGAACUCAGGACAGCUGCAAAUCGUGUCAAUAAAAUCCUUGAUGCAAGGGCAGUUGGAAUGAAAAUAUUUGAAGAUUAUGCAACAACUUGGUAUUGGAUUCUCAUAGGCCUGACUAUCGCCAUGCUUCUUAGUUGUAUGUUUGUGAUACUCCUGAGGUUCAUAGCUGGAAUCCUCUUCUGGGUCUUCAUGGUGGGUGUGAUUGGAAUUAUAGGUUAUGGAAUAUGGCACUGUUACCAAGAAUACAACAAUCUCCAGGGACGGCCAAAUUCUCACUUAUCUGUGUAUGACCUCGGGAUUCAGACUGAUCUAAGCAUGUACUUCCAACUGAAACAAACAUGGCUCGCAUUUAUGAUAAUACUCUGCAUUCUUGAAGUGUUUAUCAUCCUCAUGCUGAUCUUCCUCAGGGAACGAAUCCGCAUCUCCAUUACCCUGCUGAAGGAAGGGAGCAAAGCCAUUGGAUGCAUCCCUACUACAUUAAUUUAUCCAAUUUUAACUUUCAUUUUCAUCUCCAUCUGUAUUGCCUACUGGGCAGUGAUAGCAAUUUACUUGGCUACGUCAGGGGUACCUAUAUACAAAGUCAUAGCCCCAGAAGGGAAAUGCAAACAUGAAAAUACAACCUGUAACCCAGAGAUUUUUAAUACAACUGAAAUUGCCAAAGCUUGCCCUGAGGCUCAGUGUAACUUUGCUUUCUAUGGUGGAAAGAGCCUGUACCAUCAGUAUGUCCCUACUUUCCAGAUGUUCAAUCUAUUUGUCUUUUUCUGGCUUAUAAACUUUGUCAUUGCACUGGGUCAGUGUGCCCUUGCUGGUGCCUUUGCUUCUUAUUACUGGGCCUUCAGAAAACCCGAUGACAUCCCACCACAUCCACUUUUUACUGCAUUUGGACGAGCCAUACGAUAUCACACAGGGUCCCUCGCAUUCGGAUCUUUACUUCUUGCAUUAAUUCAAAUGUUUAAAAUAGUCCUAGAGUACUUGGACCGCCGUCUUAAAGACCCCCAGAACAACAUAUCUAAAUUUCUACAAUGCUGCCUGAAAUGCUGUUUCUGGUGUUUGGAAAAUGUGAUAAAGUAUUUUAACAGAAAUGCCUAUGUUAUGAUUGCAAUAUAUGGCAAAAACUUCUGCAGGUCAGCAAGAGAUGCUUUCAAUCUGCUGAUGAGAAAUAUUUUAAAAAUUGCAGUUAUGGAUAAAGUUACAGACUUUGUACUAAUCCUGGGAAAAAUUCUAGUUGCUGGAUGUAUAGGCAUGCUGGCCUUCUUACUCUUCACACAAAGACUGCCAACGAUUAUAGAAGGACCAACAUCUUUAAAUUACUACUGGGUACCAUUGCUGACAGUCAUUAUUGGAUCUUACCUAGUUGCACAUGGGUUCUUCAGCGUCUAUGCAAUGUGUAUUGAUACAAUUUUCAUCUGCUUCUUGGAAGAUCUGGAAAGAAACGAUGGUUCUACGGAAAGGCCCUAUUACAUGAGCCAGUCUCUGCUGAAGAUUCUGAAGGAGCCAACUGUGCGAACGAAGAAGCACUAAGAAGUGCAAACUGGGGUCCUCCUGAUGGUGCGUUACCUCCUCUUCAUCUGUGUCUGCACAACGCCUGGUUCAUAAGUGCUUUGUGUUCGGAACACUGUAUUCACCUUGUUGGCUUUUAUUUGCAUGUUUAAUACCAAAGCUUAUACUGUAACACGUGAAGCCAUCGGAAGUCGCAAGGGAGUUGUUAAUAACAUGGUACAUUUUUAUACUAAGGUCUUCUGUUGUGUGAUUCAGUCCUAAAUAGAGUGGCUUGGAUGUUUUGAGAACACUAGUGAAUAUAUUCAUAGUCUUUUAAAUAUUAGAUGGGAAAAGAUGAAAUGUCGUUUAAAUCAAUAGCUCCUAAUCUAUUUUUAAAUUACAGCUAAAAGACUUCUGCAGGGAAAAUUGGUUCACAAAAAAAAAAAAAAAAAAAAAAAGACAAUUUUAAAGUUUCCCCCACUCCUGUUUGACAGUAAAUUGGUAAAAGGACUGCCUGCUCCAGACUUUGCUCUCUUUAAGUAUAGAAUGUUUCCUAUUAAGCAAAUUGCCAAUCAUCCAGCCUUUACUACUUCGUCCUCUCUGACAAAGUGCCUUACUGGCUGUUUAAUAUUACCCAGCUUUUGUGGGCAAGUUUACAAACAUUGUUUAAAAAAAAAAAAAAAAAACCUGCAAUGUUUAGUGAUUGAAACAA